GAAAUUUACCGAGACUUUACGAGCUCCUCCGAUCGUACUUCCGAAGUUUAGCGAAUAUGACGUCACCUCCCGAUUCCGUCAUUUCCGACUCGGUCCGACUGUGAGCACCAAUUUUAGCAGUCUACCUGUUUUGACUGAGGAGGGAGGGCACGAAAUUUGACGCUACGAUGACUUAGACCGCCGGUAAGUCAGCCUUCCUUCCUCCGGCCACAGUAGCCACACAGUUGGGCCGUUCGCUUCGGUGACGGGCCGGCGCGCCGAGUUUGUACAGGAGACGAAGCCAUGCCGCGUAAGAAGCGAGGGGGCUGCUGCAGCUGCCUGGGGCGUAAUGAUGAGGCGCCAGAGAUCACGUACGCGCUGGACAACGGGAUCGCGCUCCACCCCGUGGAGAUGGCCAUCCCGCCCAUGCCGCCACCCGAGGAGCUCAAUGCCAAGUUCAACGAGCUGGUGGAUGAACUGGACCUCACAGCCCCGUACCGACAGAAUAUGCUCAAUCUGCCGCCCGAGAAGAAAUGGCAACUGUACUGCAGCAAGAAAAGGGAGCAAGAUGACCCCACCUCCACCAGCUGGCCUGACUACUACAUCGACCGGCUCAACGCCAUGGCAAAGUGGCCCUUGGCAGCUGCGCUUGUGUUCGCCCACGAUGAUGAUGAGGUGACAGUACGAGCAAACCUGGCCGACAGCCUCAAAACAGCCCUCAGGACACAGCCCAUGAGGUUUGUGCACAGGUUUAUCGAGCUGGACGGGCUGUCGUGCCUGCUGAACUUCCUGCAGAGCAUGGACUACGAGACGUCGGAGAGCAGAAUUCACACCUCCAUCAUCGGCUGCAUCAAGGCUCUCAUGAACAACUCACAUGGCAGGUCCCAUGUGCUUGGCCACCACAGCAGCAUCAACAUCAUCGCGCAGAGCCUGAGCUGCGAGAACAUCAAGACGAAGAUCGCAGUGUUGGAGAUCCUGGGCGCGGUGUGCCUGGUGGAGGGGGGGCACAAGAAGGUGCUGGAGGCCAUGCUGCACUACCAGAACUACUCCGCUGAGAGGACAAGAUUUCAGUCCCUCUUCCAUGACUUGCCGCUGUUUCACCGACGCUCAAGGCUGGGACCGAGAGAGUCGCUGAUCCACGACCUGGACCGAAGUACGGGGGUGUACCGGGAGGAGGUCAACCUGAAAACAGCCAUCAUGUCCUUCAUUAACGCCAUGCUCAGAUAUGGUGCUGGUGAGGAGAGCCUGGAAUUCAGGGUCCACUUGCGCUACGAAUUUCUGAUGCUGGGCAUCCAACCCAUCAUAGACAAGCUACGGACUCAUGAAAAUGCAAUCUUAGAUAGGCAUAUAGACUUCUUUGAACUGAUCAGAACUGAGGAUGAACAGGAACUUGCAAAGAGAUUUGAUGUGGUCCAUGUGGACUCACGCAGUGCCGGCAGCAUGUUCGACCUGCUGAAGAAGAAGCUGAACCACACGGCGGCGUAUCCUCACUUCCUGUCACUCCUCCAACACCUGCUCCUCCUGCCACUGGACAGGCAUGGCAGUCCGGAGUACUGGGAGCUGGUGGACCGCAUCCUGCAGCAGAUCGUGGUGCAGGAGAACGGAAUGGACCCUGACGUGGCGCCGCUCAAGAACAUCAACGUCAGCCAACUGGUGGAGAUUUUGCAGCUCGACGAACCCCCAGAAUGUGGCCCAGAUGUCGGUGCAUCAUGUGAAGUGGGCCUGUUGGUUGACAUUGACAUGAUCGUGAAUGAGAAUGAGAUCAAGCAGUGGAAGGCUCAGGCCCAGACCAUGCAGCAGGAGAGGGAGGAGCUCACAUCUCAGCUGGAGAAGAAAGAGAGGGAGUGCGAGGCCAAGAUACAGGAGAAGGAGGAGAUGAUGAGCACCCUGAACAAGAUGAAGGACAAGCUGGCAUCAGUGCAGGAGGAGCUCGCCCAGGAGAGGGCAAAGGUCACUGAGCUCUCAGGGAAACUCAAUGAGCUGCGGGCAACAGCAGAGAAGGAGAGGGGUGAGAAGGAACGCCUGAUCGGCCUUGUACAUGGCGGAAGUGUACCAGACGAUACCAAAGCUACAGUGGGGGUAGCACCCCCACCCCCUCCGCCACCCAUGGGGGGUCCGCCACCCCCUCCUCCCCCACCAGGGGGGAUCGGACCACCCCCUCCCCCACCCCCUCCUGGCAUGGGACCCCCUCCACCUCCAGGUGCCCCACCCCCACCAGGUGCUCCCCCACUCCCAGGGGCAGCCGUGCCUCGACGCAAGCCUGCGCCCAAACCUUCACAAGCCCUCAAAUCCUUCAACUGGGUCAAGCUGCCAGAAAUGAAAGUGGUGGGAACAGUUUGGACAGAGCUGGAUGACUCUCAGGUUCACAAAGUGAUGGACUUGCAAGAGUUUGACAAGACCUUCUCUGCCUACCAGAAGCCACAGCAGAGAGGCGGUGUGGCGGAGGACAUUCGGAGACAUGGAAUGAAAGAGGAGGAUGUGGAAGACCUGACAAUCAAGACGCGGGUGAAGGAGCUGUCGGUGAUCGAGGGUCGGCGCGCCCAGAACUGCACCAUCCUGCUCUCCAAGCUCAAGAUGUCCAACGAGGAGAUCGCCAAGGCUGUGCUGUCGGUGGACAAGGCUGAUGAGCUGCCCAAGGACAUGGUCGAGCAGCUUCUGAAGUUCGUCCCCACCAAGGAGGAGACAGACCUGUUGGAGGAGCACAAACACGAGAUCGACCAGAUGGCGCGGGCUGACAGCUUCCUGUACGAGAUGAGCAAGAUUGUACAUUAUGAACAGAGACUGAAGGCCUUAUUCUUCAAGAAGAAAUUCCAGGAGAGAGUGGGAGAAGUCAAGCCAAGAAUAGAAGCUUUACUUGUAGCAUCUAAGGAAGUUGUCAGAAGUAAGCGCCUGAAGCGGGUUCUGGAGGUGGUGCUAGCGUUCGGGAACUACAUGAACCGGGGCCAGAGGGGAAACGCCUCAGGCUUCAGACUCUCCAGCCUCAACAAGAUCGUGGACACCAAGUCCAGCAUCGACAGAAACAUCACCCUGCUGCACUACAUGCUGGAGGUCAUCGAGAGGAAGUUUCCUGACGUCCUCAAACUGGAGAACGACAUCAGCAACUGCAAGGAGGCCUGCAAAGUCAGUAUCCCUGACCUGGAGCAGGACAUGUCAGUGUUACGUGCGGGGCUGAAGGAGUUGGAAAAGGAGAUCGGGGUGCAGCGGCGCAGGGUCAGCAGGAGGGACAAACUCGAGCUGGAGUUCCACAGGAACCGCGUGACGGACCGCGGAGACAAGUUCGUCUCCGUCAUGGGCGACUUCAUCACCGUGGCAACCUUCACCUUCAACGAGCUGGAGGACACGUACAAGGAGGCCAAGGCCAAGUAUGACCGCGCCGUGAAGCACUUCGGCGAGGAGCAGGGCAAGAUGCAGCCUGACGAGUUCUUCCGCAUCUUCAACUCCUUCCUGACGUCUUACGGGGAGGCUCGGGAGGACAACGAGAACCUGCGGAGGAAACGGCUGGAGGAGGAGAGGAGAGCCAAGAGGGAACAGGAGCUCAAGGAGCAGAAGGAGAAGGAGAAGCAGCGGAAGCUGAAAGAGCAGGGCGGGAAGAAGGGGAAAGGAAAGGACGGGAACAAGGACGGGCGUGACACGGGAGAGUUCGACGAACUCAUCGUGGCCUUACGCUCCGGGGACGUCUUUGACAAGGAGGUUGCGAAGCUGAAGCGCAACCGGCGCCGUCCGGGCGGAAGCCAGCAGAACGGGAACGGGAAGGAUGACUCGAAACGCGACUUCAGCAGGGAGCGCGUGUCCAGCAAACCAGCCAUAUCCAAAUACACUGCAAUGUAGGGGUGGGGUCGACGACCCCGCGGUCAGCGACCCCCUCACAAGAGACUGCCUUGCCCCAUGAGUCUUUGUCUCCAAGCCUUCUGUCCAUCCAGUGAAAAUCUUAGAGAAAAAAAAGAGAGAGAAUACUCGACAGGGAGACGGGACAAUAUUGUUGGCAAGCUUGCUGAGGAAUGAACUGGUGAUUUUUUUCAAUGUUGGAAAAAAAGAAAUAUAUUGCAAUUUUUGAAUUGCACAUUUUGUACAUGUAUAUUAAAUGUUGGGAAACAAAUGUGAAAACUAACUAAUGGCUCUACUUCCUACAUGUGAUGUGUGGGACAUGUCUGCAGUAUACAUUCUACGGUAAUUUAUUGUGCAUUUCACCAAUAAUGGUAAAAUUUGCUUUAUUCGGUUUCGAUGUUGUCUUUGCUGUUAGUUUUGCUUGUUGUUGUGCUGAUAUUUUACUUUCUGCAAAGUAUAACAGGUGGAAAUUUUAGCUUUGUAGUUUGUGUCUCUGUGUGAAAAAUGCAGAAUGAUAGAUUUAAAUGAAGGACAUAGCAGUUCUUUGUGAAUAGCCUCAAAAUGCAGGAUGGUUUAUUGAGAGUUUUGCGGCUACAGAAACCAGUGAAAGGCACUUGUUAACCUCAAGCUCGUUGAUAUUUACUACAAAUUUGCUUGAGUUCAUGUUAUUGCUGUCAUCAAGCCACAGUGCUUACAUACACGGCAGAAGAAUUCAGAAUGCGUUUUUGCCUUAUGAUGGCGAAUGAUAAUUAUAAUGAUAAUGUUAUGAAUUGUUGAAGUCCAAGACUUCCAUGUAAGAUUGAGUUGCCCGUGUACAUAAAUAGGAAAAAUGGAAACUCUAACGAUGUUGUUUUGAAUGUUUUCCUUCCCGAACAGCCUUCGAUGCUUCAGACCCAGAGAUAUAUUCUCUCUCAGGUGUUACAGCCAGACAUUGCUCACAUUGUACUAACUGCACGUCAUCCUGUGAUGAGUAGCAUGGGUGUGCACAGUCAAAACUGCCCAAGAGAGCCUCUUUGAAAGACCCUUUAGGUGCAGCCAGCAUUUUUUUAGAGGGGGCGUGGUGCUGAUGUGUGAUUUUCAACAUGUAAAAUGCCCCUGGUAUUUGAGAACCUGGCCCUUGAAAAUUGCAAACCAGCGUUCUGGCCCCAGAAAAUAGAUGCCGGCCACACCCAGAAGGUCUGUGAAGGAGGCUACCAAGAAGACCACAAAUGGGACCGAUAAAAUCUGAUCUAUGUGGACAAGUGGUCAAUAUGGGCAGGAUUUUUCAAUGCUUGUGUCAAUGAGAAAAAUGAUCUAAGGGACCCCCCAAAAAAGUGUCCAUAUUUGCCAUUGGUCCUUACAUUUAUAUGUAGAGGUGGUCACUUGUACAGGUUUAACUGUAGUGUCAGUGCAAUGCUCCACCAAACACAGCACAAACUGCAGUUAUAUCUGCAUUAAAACGUUUUCUGCACACUUGAGUUGCACAAAAACAUAUCUGGAUCCAUCCCAUUGAAACACAUUGAUAUUAGGUCUGAGAUACUAGUGAGGGGUUGGCUACAAAAUUCCAUUUUAUGCUGUUAUAAUUUUCACUUCAUGUUGAUCACUUGGGGAACAGAUUUUUGUGCUGUUUUUAUGGUGCCUUCAACCCCCAGAUGUAGAAGCAAUUCCCAUAUUGACUUUGCCGUCACACACAAUCUGACAUAAAAAUGUAGUCACAUGUUCUCAGGCCUGUGGUAGAGCAUUGCUGGAUGUGUCCAUUGUGUGAUCGGUCAUCACUGUAAACACUCAGCCAUAUUGGCUCUCUACACAAUCUAAAA